GUUGUUUUAUGUCGCAUCAUUUUUGUUAGGUACUCAAACAUUAUUUGUUAGGUACAUUUUUGUUAGGUAUUCAAACCAAAAAAGUAUCUAUAUCAUCAUCCGUUCGCGAUUUUAACAGGAAUAGUGCAUACUUUGACCAAGACGCUUCGGAGUGUCAGAAAUAACUGAUCACCGCGUGGGAAGACCCAGACGCAGCAAUGGCUGCAGCGACGCUCGACCAGUCCGACAACAAGUUUGUGGAAGCAUUUCUGGGGGAUUUGCGCAACAUCUCUAACGAAGCAAGGAAGAAGCACACGGCUGUCAAAGAGGCUGCGGAAACAGCAAUAAUUAGACUGCGAAACCUGAGCCAAAACGGAAAAGAUGUUCGCGAACGCAUUGUCAAUCACUGUCUGGAUUUGCUGCAGCCGAUCUUAUUGAGUGCGGAGAGCGGAAACCCCAAGCUGGUCAUUUUGGCGCUGGAAGCACUGCAGCGACUCUUUGCCUUCGAAACAAUCGCCGAUGCCUCCUUGCCCGUCGUAAUGAGUCUGUUGUGGACGUUAAUGGAGAAUCACACGGAAGAGCUGAAACUGAUUCAGACUAUCACCCGCAUUCUGACGUCCAGCAAUGUUCUGCACGCGGAAUAUCUUGCUAAGUGCUUGGUUAUUUGCCUGCGGAUGCACUUCAGCAAGGACCCUGUAGUAAGCAAUACAGCUGGUGCGGCCAUCCGGCAACUGGUGCCUCUCCUGUUCGAAAAAGCUCUCGAUGAGAGCAAGCUAUCAUCGCAAAGCAACGGAAGCUCUGGUGAUUCAUUGCGGAUGCCCAGCGAUAGUGUAUCGAUCAAAUCUGUAGCCAGUACCACCUCGACGCGCAGUGUGCCGGCGUCAUUGUAUAUCUGUGGAUCAGAUGCGUACUCACUUUUGCAGGAUUUGUGCCAAGUUAUGAAUGGCGACCAGCCGACAUGGCUCGUGGGGAUGACGGAAAUGACGCGCGUUCUGGCCCUGGAAUUGAUUGAGAGCGUUCUGCUCUCGUACCGUCCAUUGUUUGAUCUUAAAGAGUUUUCCUUUCUUCUUAAAGAGCGCCUGUGUCCAUUGCUUUUCAAAUUGAUUUCGCCAUGUGUUCGGCAUGCCCGGUCGGUUGCAUCGACUCCUGGCAGUACCCCUUCAACCAGUUUGGCGUCCAUUGCGGAAAAGCCCUCCUUUCCAGUGACCGUGCAUCUGGUCCGGAUUACUUAUGUUUUGCUCACUUGCUACUGCGAUAUCUUGCGGACCGAAUCCGAAAUCUUUUAUUCAUUGUUGAUCAAAUUUAUCGAUGCUGAUAAGGUGCACUGGACCAAAUUGUUGGCACUGGAAGUUUUUUAUAAAUUAUUGGCUGACCCGAGAAUGGUUAUAUUAAUCAGCCAGACAUACUCAACAAAAGCCGCCUCCGAAGGGGUGUUUUGUGAUAUGAUCAAUACGCUGAACAAUUACAUUUUAACGGUUUUCGUUAAGCCGACAUCUGCUGUUUCCUCCCCAACAACGCCGCCAUCCACUCCGCAAGCAGUUUCUGCUUCCGCAGUUCAGGCUACCUUUACAUAUAAAGAUGUCAACGUUCAAAUUAUUCCAAUUGGGAAGCCAGUACUUCUUGAUUCGCGGGAUGCCGAUCCGCCGCCGUCUACGGACAAUUACGGAAUGUCGUUGGCUUUUUCUGCAAUCUGUUUCGUUUCUCGAACAGUUCAGGACAUUAUGGAUAAGACUAAGGGAAGCAAAGAAAAUCGAGGGAUGAAAGCCGCUUUGCAUACAUUGGUCCAGAAUUCCUGGUGUGGAGUUUUGUCAUCGGUUUCUACCCUUUUGGAAGCCAGCAAUGAUGAGUCGGUUACGGAUAGUUUAUUGCACAUUUGUAAAGUGUACAUACAAGCGGCUGGACUGGUGAAUAUUGAACUGGUUCGGGAAGCCUUCAUUACGGCGCUGUGCAAAGCAGCCUUUCCCAUCAACUACACCAUUAACAUACUCAAGGCAGCAUCAUCGCGAUUAGCUCCGUUUCGCGCAGAUACGUCGGUAAAGCUGGAGGGAGUUGCGGAUGCAAAAAACCGCAACCAGAUCGUAGCGGUUGGGACACCAUUAUCCUCUUCGUUUCCGGGAGCCGUCAUGCUCACCGCAAAAAAUAUAACAUGUUUAAAUACACUGUUGGAAAUCACAAUUCUCCUGGGUGAUUUUCUGGAUGGAUCGUGGAUUUUAGUGCUGGCUUCUCUGCAGCAUUUGGCCUGGAUAUUAGGUAUCAACCAGUUCAUCCCGGGAAUGAGUAAUGGUUUAUCGAAGCACAAGCAGCGACCAACCGAAAGCACCAUGAACACUAUCGUUACCACCGUUCUGAUGUCUGACCUACCGGAGUUGACCAAGAAGUUUGACGAGGUGUUCAAAAAUACAAAACAAUUGUCGGAUGGAUCGUUAGACCAUGUUGUGCAAGCACUAUGUAAAUUAUCACUGGAUGCCAUUGAAACGGCAGCACACAGCAGGGAGCCUUCGUUAUUUGCCAUCGCGAAAUUGGUGGAUGUCAGCUUGGUAAAUAUGUUCCGUAUUGAAGCUUGGUGGGCACCUGUGACCUCCAACUUGGCUGAGGUUUCGGCCAAUUCAAAUCAAGUCUUGCGAGAGUGGAGUACGGAUGCGUUAACUAUACUGGUUAAGGAAGGCCUCACAUAUGACUUCCAGCCCCCGUUGUCUUUAAAUAUGGCUUUGCAAGAAAAGCUCAUUCGUCCCCUUUUGGACCUUUCGAAAGUGGUUUGGUCAGACGUGAGAUUAAAACAGUAUAACUGCCUAAACCACGUCAUUCUGAGUUCAUCAGAAAAGAUAUCCAAUUGUUGGAGACCCAUUGUCGAAGUGAUAGGAGCUGUCAACGGUGUUGGCGAUGAAGCACUGGUACGAGCAAGCUUUAAAUGCGUCCAGGCCGUGGUAUCUGACCACCUGCGGAAUAUCUCUUUUGACUGCAUCGAGCAGUGCGCUGAUGCUGCAGCAAAAUUUGGCACACAAACCGUGGAUCUGAACGUUAGCUUAACCGCUAUCGGCGUUCUGUGGAACAUUGCCGAUUACAUCUAUCAAAAUCGCACAGGAUUCAACAUUGGACAAGAGCGUCUAUUAAAUUUUAUGCUGAAUCUGUACAAGCAACUUUCGCAGCUUUGUCUGGACGUGCGACCGGAAGUCAGGAAGAGUGCUGCUCAGACACUGUUCCUGGCGAUAGCGUCGCACGGUGCCGGAUUGGAUCUCAGUUCGUGGCAACGCUUAAUUGUUGAUGCUUGCUAUACAUUGCUGAAAUGCUUGGAAAAUUAUUAUUUGACGGCUUCGGAGACUAAACUGGAUGACAAAGAUGACAAGGUUAUUAUUCAUCAUUCCCGGGAUACGGCCAAAAAACAGUGGGCUGAGACGUGGGCGAUGGUUUUGCCGAGUGUUACGAAAACUGUGUUGUUGAAUUUGCCAGUUGUACUUCGAUUAAAGCAGCCUCAACAGGUCUGGCAGGGGCUGCUAUUCCACAUACAACGUGCCGGUAUGCCGGGAAUGGAGGAAGUCGCGAUGGCCUCCUUUCGCUGUAUUGAUGAAACUCUCGUUGGAGAAAUUCGCGCGGAAAGUGCGCAACCAGACUCCUCGUUACCAAAGACAACAGCUACGGAAAAUCUUAUUAGUAUCCCGAUGUGGGAGGAUGUUUGGAAAACAUAUCACGCCAUCGGUAUGGAGAUGAUUGGGCAGAUGAAACGAACAACGAAUACAGAUUUGUUGCCUUCGCAAAAACUGCUGACAUUCUACACGGGUCGUUUUCGGAGGCUGUGCGCUCGGUUGACGGUAGCACUAACCGUGGAUAUGCUCAGAAAAUUACAAGAUAUAUAUCCCCAAAUAAUGCUACCGGUGCUGCACAAAAACGCUUCCAAGGUUCUUCCAUGCAAAGCUGAAAUAACCCCCCUUCAAGAAUGCGUCAUGCAAAAUGCAGAGUGCCUUCAGAUGGAAAUUGUUAAAGCGAAAUCUCCUACACCGCAUCUAAUAGCGGAAUUAUUCAAUUUGUGGCUGAAGUAUACCCGAUUCUCCAGUUCUGUCCCGGUAAUAGCGCGGGCUCUGUCUAUGGAGCCGGAUUAUCUAGUUCGCUGGUGGGCAGCUACUUUUUCUUUAUUUUCCGAAACUGCCAUGCACAAAACAGUUGAGUUAUACCAAGAGACAUUUACAUGGAAAUUGGUCAUCGAGUCUGAAAUCCUGGGAACAAUAAUUCAGGCUCUGCAACAGCCCUUGCGAUUGCAUGAAACCGAUGCUCACCAAACGGCUUGGAGAGUUGCCAUGCAGUCCAUCGUAAAGGUGGUGCGGAUGACCCUUCCGACAGUUACUGCACAGACCAAGGACAGCUAUAAAAACAUGUGGGCUCAACUUGUCAAGGCACUGGACAGCUUUUUGUACGGACCAAAAGCCAUGGCACAGACCUCAUGGGGAAUGGAUGAAAUCGAUUUAGAGGUUGUGACCUUUGUUCGUGUGGAUAUCCUCCCUUACGUUGCCUUGAUACCAGCGGACGAUCUGAAAAAUCUCUUGAGCAUUUUGCACAAAGGCUCAUUACAUCGUGAUGUGACGGAAAACAACUUUGCGAUUCCCGUAAACGCCGAGAACUAUGCCAGUCUCUGCUUCGAAGCGCUGCUGGACUUCCAGCUUAUACAUUUCCCCAAUGCUAAGGGCAUCGAGGGUAUUAACGUGCCGGCCGUGCUGCUUCGCUGUGAGAAAUUGCUGGCUUCGCUGUCGCUGAAGUCCAGUGAACAGGCAGUUCUCAAAGGAAAGAACGCUCUGCGCUGCAUCCGCAGUGUUUUGAGCAUCAUCAAGCAGACGCCGGUGGCCAAUGUUGAUCGGCAAGUGUGGCAUGAUGCUAUUAGUUUGUACCCGAAGCUGGUCAGUCUCGUUCCCGUUAUCGUCAUGGAUCCGCAGCAGCAGCAGUCCGGUGGUCAAGAAGUGCAGCGAUUUGAUAAUUUAUUGUCUGCAGCGCUCCUGCAGUACGCCGAAUUAAUUCAACCCCCGUUCAAACUGUGAACGCAAAAUCUGCCCGGAAGUAUAUCUUGCUGAGAAUGGUCGUUUUUGUAUUGGUGCAUGGGAUGCCCAAAACUCAACAUUCCACAAUAACUGUACUGCUGUGCUUGUUUUUGUUUUUACCUCCAUAAUCCGGUCUUUUAUGCAGAUCUUUCUGGUUUCUAUUUUUAUAAAUGACGGCAGCAGUUUCUUCUUCGAGAGAUUAAUUAACGAAACGAAAGGGUUGUGUUGUAGUUUUUUUUGACGUGGGGAUUCUGUGGGAAACCACGCGUGAAACUUGGUGUAUGUAUAAAAACCUCUGCAAAACUG